CGGUCCGAUUUGAAUGUGAAUCAAAUUGCAAAUCGUGGAGCAGAGUCCAACAACUUCGUCCCCACUGUCUUCGUUUUCUGUGCAGAGGACGGUGUCACUCGUCCUCGCGCGGAGAGCACUCCUGUGCUUCUGUCGGCGAAGUAGUUCGGCAAAUUCGUCUCAAUUUCUCGAAUCAUUUCCGGCUGCGUAGGCCUCGUCGGAGACUGUUUGAAUUCUGAAGUUUGAAUUUCUAGACACGUUCAGAAUCUGUUUGAAUUCUGAAGUUUGAAUUUCUAGACACGUUCAGAAUCGCUCUUUUGAAAAUGUGCCAGUUUUUUAUGGAGAUUCUGGGCCCGAGACGCGAUUCGCUCACUGCGCAUUACGACGCUGUCAACUGCGAGUCAUCUCGCGGACCAUCAGAUGACAUUUGAUCUUUUUCCGAUCAAAUGACAGACUGGAAAUUCGAAACCUAGUUCUUUGAUAUAUCAGCUCGUUCUGUCACCACUACUCGCGGUUUCGAGUCGAGUAAUGUGGAUUUCCAUAGUUCUGUGUCGGAGAGCAUCCUCGUUAGAAACUCCUGGCGGAUCCUCGACGAGUUGACUGUGCAAACUUCUGUGAUCUCAUUCACGUUGUUGGAUCGUGGAAAUGUGCUCCGGAGGCCACAUUGGGAUGUACGGAAUGGGAACGAUCUCGUGAAUACACACUGAUCUGUAACAUUUAGUACAGCAAGAAACCCGAUAUCCAGAUGCAACAGGCUUGAUCGAAACCGCGCGAACGAACCCCAUUGGGACAGGCAUUUGAGAUUUGGGUAGAUCAAUACCUCUUGACAAUCCCGGACCCUGACUAAAGAAUACCAAAUUUCAAGCGGGUAGCAGCAGGGCCGUAGUCGUUGUACGGGUAGGGCAGAAGAGAAAGCACCAAUUUUGCCGCAGGAAUCAGAGGAGAAGGAUGUCCGGUGACGAUGAAAGGAAGGAUCCCCCUCUCGGACCACUGGAGGAGACUAAUGUGCCAGGUGACGAGGAGAAAAUGGAACCUUCUCCGAGGUUACUGGAGCCGAUACCCAAAAAAGAGAGGCCGGAUGUGCUGGAUCCGAUUUCUCGACCAUCAGUGUCAGCAUCACGUCCUCAGGAGGUUCGGUUUCAGAGAGAGAGAAGGAAAUUGUCCGAAACAUCAGCUCGGAAAACGAUCACUGAUCAUUCCAAAGAUAGUGAGCCUAUGUCUGCAGCGGAAAGAGCAGACUUAUCGGCCGCAAUAGCCCGGAAAACAGUAAACUUCAACACCAACACCCCUCUCGUCCCACUGUCGAUGAAAGAACGAAGAGAGCUUGUGAGGUCGAUCUCAAUCGUUGUCAGAGAGCCCGAGACUCCCUCGUGGUUUUCUGAAGGACUGGACGAUGUUGAAGAGGAAGGAGAAGGCAAAAAAGAAGAAGAAGAGGCGGUCGAAAAAAAGGAAGUGGCGGAGCCAAGUCGAGCUCCAGAAGGAAGUGGAGAUGGACCUUCAGGUGCACCUCCAGACGAGAGUACCGCUCCUCCACCAGCACUCCGUAGAGCUUCGACUCGACUCACUAGAGUUCCAACCAAGAGAGUAUUUCCUACUCCAAGUACAAAAGACGAAGAGAGACUAAACCCGUUUUCGAAGAAGGAAAGGAGAGCCCUUGUAAGAUCACUCUCCAUGGCAGUUGUGGCACCAUCAACCCCUGUUAUAUGGGAUCGGGAUCCUGCUGAUCCGAGCGAAUCCGAAGAAGGUCAAUCCAUAGACAAGCCUGAAUUCGCUCCUCCACCUCCUGAUUUGGAUGAACUACGAACUAAACCCAAGGUUCAGAAGUCGGGAAAACGACAUAGAACCGUUCGAGUUCAUGUUUCAGAUCUCGCCCGCAGUCAUGCAGUUGACAGCCUUGAAUUUUGUAACAACAAGGUGAAAUCGGCCAAGUACAGCCUGUCGUCGUUCAUACCUAUGAAUCUUUUCAUGCAAUGCUGCCGAGCUGCCAACUUGUACUUCAUUCUUAUUGCUGCUCUUCAGCUUAUACCUGGAUUUUCUCCCACUAGCUGGGGUACCACAGUAGCCCCUUUGGCCUUCGUGCUACUCUUGAAUGCCGUUAAAGAAGCUAUUGAUGACUUCAAGCGGAACCUCUCAGACCGAAGUGUCAACAAGCAGAAGGUAGAAGUGAUGAAUGAAAGGAAGUUUCUUCAAAUGAACUGGAGCUCCGUUGUUGUCGGGGACAUUGUCCGCGUAAAGUGCGAUCAUGAAUUUCCCGCUGACCUGGUGUUCUUAUCAUCAUCAGAUUCUAAAGGGCUAGCGUAUGUGGAGACUUCCAACCUAGAUGGGGAGCCGAGUCUGAAAAUGCGGAGUGCGUUCUACAAAGGAUCGCAAACAUCAGCAGACGAUGAAGAUGAAAGUUCCCUGUCCAUCUUCUCGGGAUUAAUCAUCGAGUGCGAACUUCCCAACAAUCGACUUUACAAGUUCGACGGUGCGAUAAAUCUUCAGGACUAUGGGAAGCUACCCCUGGAUAACCGACAGAUUUUGCUAAGAGGUGCUACCUUACGCAACACCGAGUGGAUCCUUGGAGUUGUUGUUUACACAGGUGCUGACACGAAGUUUGUGCGCAAUAUGAUCCCUGGCCGAGUCAAGGUUACUGAGCUUGAAAGAAACGUGAACAUCCUAGUGGCCAUGGUCUUUUUGGCCCUUGUUGCUAUCUGCAUUGGCUUGGCAGUAGCGCAAGAUUCGUGGGCGCGUAAGAAUCCUACUAUGUAUUACCUCUCAUACGAUAUAUAUAAUGUUCAACUCGGAGUGUUGCCAUCUGAGAUCGGUGCACAGUUUGGCAGGUUUCUCAUUUUGUUGAACCAGCUCAUACCCCAAUCGUUGUAUGUUACCCUAGAGAUAGUCAAAGUUGUGCAGAGCUUCCUCCUCGAUCACGACCUUCAAAUGUACCACAACGCUUCGAAAACUUAUGCCAGAGCACGCACCACCAGUUUAAAUGAAGAAUUGGGCCAGGUGCAGUAUGUGAUGACCGACAAAACUGGCACUUUGACUCAGAAUUUGAUGGCUUUUGUACAAUGUUCAAUCAAUGGUAAGGUCUAUGGAUCCCCAGUACAUGCACCUCUACCAGAGAGUGCACCAACAAUUCACAGGAUAGUAGAAGACGAGGUUUUACAAGCGAUGUUGAAAAAAUUAGCAGAAGGUUCGAAAGAGCCUGAUGCCAUGUUCGUCCAUUCGUUUUUAAGUCACCUUGCCAUAUGCCAUGUUAUACAACCAGUAUUAGCAAGCGACGCUGAUCCUGCAAAAGCCGCCAACAAAGCAACUGCCGGACAGACAGUUGUAGGAACUCUCAGAUACACAGGAGCCUCGCCAGAUGAAGAAGCUCUUGUACAGGGUGCUGCCGACUGUGGAUAUCGGUUGACGAAGCGUACAACAGAUGAGCUGCAUGUAGAUAUUCCGGGUCAGGGAUCGCAAAAGUUUGCUAUUUUGGCCACUUUAGAAUUUACAAGCGAACGAAAAAGAAUGAGCAUUAUAUGCAAAGACUCGAAAGGAAGGAUCAAACUCUAUUGUAAAGGUGCAGACUCGGUCAUCUUUAAGAGGCUUGGAGGAGAUCAAGACGAGAUCAUCCUUUCCACUCUGCAGCAACUCGAGGAAUUCGCACGAUACGGAUUCCGAACUCUUUGCAUGGCCGAACGUGAGAUAUCAAGGAAUGAGUACGAGCAAUGGGCAGGUCAUUUUCGUUCCGCAAGCGUUGCCUUAGAUGAGCGAGAUGAAAAGGUCGCAGCUGUGGCGGAAGAAAUCGAGCGUGAUAUGACUCUUUUGGGAGCCACAGCUGUUGAAGACAAGCUGCAAGCCGGAGUACCGGAAACUAUCACAGUUCUUGCGUUGGCUAACAUCAGAGUUUGGGUUUUAACAGGCGACAAAUUGGAAACAUCCGUCUCGGUGGCUCUCUCUUGCAAUCUUCUAGCCGAUUCAAUGCAUUUAUUUCUUCUGUCAGAUUUAGUUCAACAAUCUGUCCCUCAAAUGCUCCGAAGCAUGCUGGAUGAAGCAAGGAGACAGGAGCAAGCCAGGUUGACAUUGGAAAAUUCGUACCAUUCAGACAUGGCAACUGUCAUCGAAGGUCAUUCAUUAUCGGUAGCCUUGGAGGAUAGCAACAAACUGGUGUUCUUGGAGCUUUGUCAACUCUGUCGGUCCGUCAUAUGCUGCAGAGUGUCCCCUUUCCAAAAGGCUCAGGUAACGAGGUUAGUCAGAGAACAAGGUAAAGGAAUCUGUUUGGCUAUCGGAGAUGGAGCGAACGAUGUGGGUAUGCUGAAGGUUGCCCAAAUUGGAGUUGGUAUUGGAGGUCGUGAAGGAAUGGCCGCAGUUCUGGCGAGUGAUUAUGCUAUAUCAAGAUUCCGACAUCUCAGACGUCUUUUGCUCGUUCAUGGCAGAUGGUCUUACAAGCGGAACAGGGAAGUGGUGAUGUACGCUUUUUACAAGAAUUAUGUUUACGUAUUGGGAAACAUCUACCUUGCAUUUCUCUCCGGAUUUUCAGCCCAAAGUCUCUACUCCGCUGCCGAGAUCACUACAUACAAUCUUCUGUGGACAGCUCUGCCGUCACUGCUUUUCGCUCUGCUCGACAAAGAUACUAGCGACUGCACGGCAGAAAAUAACCCCCAGCUCUUUCUGGAAACGCAGUCCGAGCGGAGAGGUCAAUUCCUUUGGUGUAUGCUCGGUUGGGGCUUGGCUGCUUUAUGGGACUCGUUGGUGGCUUUCUUCCUACCCUUGGCUGCGGUUCAUACGCUCGGGGGAACGGGAGAAAGCGCAGAUAUAUAUACUUUAGGUUCGACGAUAUUCACAAUAGCUCUCAUCACAGUCAACCUGAAACAGUUCUUCCGCAUGCAUAAUUACACGUGGUUGCAUUUUUUUUCCUUCCACUUCUCGACGUGGGUUUGGAUCCUAGUCUUGUACCUCUUCUCCGCCUUGUACAAAUACAUAAAGACCAUACCUGACCUCAGUGGGGUUGGGGUCGAAUUGGUGACAUUGUCCAACUUCUGGCUUCUGCUCUUGCUCUGCCCCAUCACGGCCUUGCUUCCGGGAACAGCCUUCGAGGUGUUUCAUAAUCGGUACGCCCCAUUGGAUUCUCAAAUCAUGAGAGAGAUCGAGCAUGGCUGGAUGGAUGGAUUCUUCUUCGACGAUGCUCCAGACUUUGUCGAGCACAUACCAACAACAGAACCAGAGUACGACCUUCCUGGACUCGACGGGCAAGGACCUUCUCCUUUACACCAAGAAAUUGCAGACGCCAGACAGGCCGCCAUGAAAGACGGCGGAGCCGCGGCCGAAGGUGACAAAGCAGACGGAGAAUCAGGUGCGGAGGAUGGAGGCACCCCUCGAGCCGAAACGGAGGUCGACGAUCGGGUCCUGCAGCCCAGAAGGCUCACUUGGAGGGAGGUGACGAACGAGGAUGACUUGGAGGAUCUUCACAGAGCCGACACUCUCGGCAGAUUUGGCCGAAGGAGAAGCAGCGGGUUUCAGAUCGUGACUCGCUACACAGAUGCAUCCGGAGCGCCCGUUCCCCUCGUGCACGGGCCCGCUCCUCCUCAAAGGAAAUCGGUGGUGCCGGAUGGGAAGCAGCUGAUACCGCUGAAGAGCGGGGCGUCGGCGAGCAGAUCGAGGUCGAGGUUCUCGGGCGAGGGAGGCCCCAAGGCCCCGCCGAGGCGAGGGAGGGGCGCGGAGAGGGCGGCGAAGAAGAAGAAGGAGACGUGGUUGGAUCUGGCCAAGGUCGACGCGAGCCCGAUCGAGCGCAUGCGCUCGCGCACCGACAGCCUCAAGCCCCCCUCGAGCCCGCGCCUCGUGGUGGCGCACGCGCCCCGCUCGUCGAAGCUGCACGCGCGGCCCUCGCGCUACGUCGACUCGCACCCCCGCCCCGCGCCGCCGCCCAGCUCGCGCUCCUCCAGCCCGGCCCCGUCCCCUCGUGCCCCCGACUCCUCGUCGCCCGGCAAGUUCCCCAAGUCGUCCUACGAGACCCCCACCCACUCCCCCCGCCGGCCCCAUGAGCGCAAGCCUCUCUCCCGAUCCCGACUCAGCUAGUUCGCCUCUAUUUUCGUCAUAUUUUCGCCCUAUAUUCGCCUCUAAAUUCGGCUGGCCGGCAGCGCUGCCGGCCACGGUCGGGGCCCCUCGGCGAAGGACACCGUUCUUCAAUUCGGACGUCCACGUCACUUGCUGACUGGACGGGACCGGACCCUGUCAGACCGAUUCCUCGCCUCCAUGGACUUUCCACGUGGCAGUACCGUUUUAUCACGCGCAGAGAGUGACACAGGUCAUGGAUUUGUGGAGCAGAAAUCAGAAUUCAGUCGUGUGCUCUCAGUCAUCAGAGCCCAAAGCAUAAUUCCAUUGAGCUGCUUGAUUUGCUCUCGACAUCUCUCGAGGUCGGACUUUGACAUUGGAUCAAGUUCUGAUUUCAGUGGCACUGGCGACGGGGCUUGAAGGUGAAGUGGGAACAACUUGAAGGCUCAUUGUUUUUAUAUGAAGCGUUCAUUUUGAGCAGAAUUACCGAAAAUGAACUAAAAUUAUGCAAUUACUCAUAAUUUUAAUACAGAGAAAAUUCGAAUCUUUCUGCCCGCAAAGCUUUGCAUCUAUUUUCCGAUAAUGUGAUGUGGAGCAUGGGGUUGCACCUGACAAAGUUGGCAAAAGUUGACAACUGUGGAUCUCAAGAGUUGACAAAAGAUAGAAAUCAUUCCGUAUAUUUAAUUAAAGUGUGAUGCAUCACACUUUAAUUUUUACAUUAGACAUGGAGUGGAGAUGAAUUCUGCUGGCCGAAAAGGUGGAGUGAGUAUAACGCACAGGUUUCAUAGAAGCUUAACGUAUGCGUAUCGGCCCUCGAAGAGAUGUCGAGAGCACAUCACGAAGGUCACAGGAACUGCCAUGCUUCGGGAUGACUAAGCAUAUUUGAUUGUUCUGUUUCCCUACCACAGAUCAUAUGAGUCAUACGGUAUGACCUAUUCCUUCCACCAUCAGAUCUUCUGUCGUACCAUCAGGUGCAAAUGAAACUCGUGGGAGAGAGUUCCACUUGUAUGCACAAAACACAAAAUGGGCUGAGAAUCUUGUUUUGGGCAACAUGCGAAACCAAUCAGAAUGUCGAUGCAUCGAAGCAAGUUACUAUUGCCAUGGGUCAGUGAGAAUAUGCUCAUCUGUAUCAAAAUGCUCGACUCAUGUGGACGUGCUUUU